GUGGAAGCUAAAUGAACCAGUUUUAGAAAGUAUGUCAUUUCACAUCAGGAAGUAAACCAGCAUUUAACCCAAUCCAACAAGAUAGCGGUUAAAUCCUGGCGUGCGCACAACAGAGACUGGUGCGCUCAGAGAGAAAGUGCUGCAACGGCGUCUCUCUUGCUUCCUGGUUAAACAAAACAUGAUCAGGCUGCAUCUGAAUCCUGAGAGGCAGUAAAUAAAUGUGAAACCCACUAAAUGUGCAGCAUGACUUGCUCGUCAAGGAUUGGAAUUUGAUUUCCCCACAGUGGUCCACGUCACUUUGUUUUCUCCUCUUGGCUGUAAUGGAACCAGUGUAAACUUAACACAAAACAACAGUGUACAGGUUGUUACUUUACAACACAAACUAGCACCAAACUCUACUCAGUGACUGAAACUCAUUCCCUGUACUCUAACUGACUAAUUGCAGACGCUGCGAUAGGGGCCAGAAUGGGAACCAGAUGGAUGUAAUAAUAUAAUGAGCGCGAUAACCAUCAGGUUAAAGCAGCCAAUCGAGAAAUUUCUGCAGCGCUGGACGGAAUCCAAACAGUAGAUCAUCAAUGAAAGUGAUUAUCUGAAUGCAGUCAAGAUCAGUUUGAUGUUAAGUGAAGACAUGUCGAGAUAACACAAGACCCUCAUAUUUAUUACCACUGGUGAUCAGAAACAGCACGAUUCAUGACCAUUUAUGCAGCAGUUCUCACUGUGGGACAACACAAGUGUAAAAUAUAUUCAUAAGGUUUUGCUUCAGUGGCCAGCAGACAGGAUUAUUUACGGAUGAUGUGACAUGAGGUAAGAUGGUAAGAUGUUUUUCCACAUUCCUAAAGCUCACUACUUCUCUCGCAUGUUUUUUAUCACCUAGUUGUCCACCAUCAUUCAGCCCCAGCGGUGAGCUGUCAUAACAUGUCGUUCCUUUGCCGUUCCCGUUUAAUUUAUCCACUCUGUGUUUCCACCCCGUCCAACUCUGUUAAUGACAGGCAUAUUUCUUGAUCCCUCAAGAGAACAUUAUUAAUCCAGAACACAGCGGACCAGUCCUCCACACAAUAGAAACGGCCGGCGUCUCAUCAGAUCCCGCGUGGGAUGACAUCCUCGCCAACCUCCAACCGGCCUUUCCGGGAAAAUUGAUACGCAAGAAACCCAUCACAAUUAACGCAUUUCCUGUAUCUCAUUUCCUGUUGGUGUGUUUUACAGUCAUGGAUGGCGUCUAACCAGAACUGAAGGCCAUGACUCGGCUUGUUUUUCAACGAGCCGCUGCAUAUCCUGCUCCUCUCGCCACAACUGUUGUGUUAACAAGCGCUAACAAGCAGAUGCGCUGGGAAACGGUGGAAGAGCUAAGGUGAAGCCGACGGUGGCGUUGCAGUGGAAAAACAGCAGAGGAACUAAAAGUAUAGAAACCUGGAGCUAAUCAUUAAGAAAUAAGCCCAUGUCCGUGGAGACCCAGUGUGUUGUUGUCAGUUUUGUGCAGCCAAAAGAAUUUACACAAGAAAACAUUGUUCCUUAUGGAGACGUGCUCACUCCAACAGCUUGCUUUGAUUGACUUUGUAUUGGUAAUAUGGUCCCCAGCCGAGUGUAAAAAUCUGCUCUUCAGAAGAACAGAUUUAAAUCACAUCAACAGAAGAAAACAAACAAAAAAAAAAAAAGAAAUGAAAAGUACACUGUGGUUUUGUGUUUCAGCGUGAUUCCACUGUAGGCAGGCCAGAGUGACCUAGCAAGGGUUAACGCGAGCAGCGCCGUGUUCCCUCCUCCUGACGUUGACGGAGCACUCACGCAUAGUUACACACACACUUUCUCCGCCGAGGCCAGAGAGAGAGAGAGAGAGCGAGCCAGCUGUCGUUCACUCAGAGCCGGGGCCUUUUUUUUCCGUCUCCCUGACUCCCUGGCUGCGUUCUCCACCGGCCUCAUCACUCCAUGGGACUGCAGACCUGGCCACCAAGGAAACCACCACCACUGUCCUCUAUGGCCUGCCUUGAUGUGGAGACCCCUUCCAUCUGCAGGGGUAAAUUCAAAUCAGUCCUCCAGCUCUGUCUGCAGCAGAGGAGGACUCGGGAGCAGCUUGUGGAGCAAGGCAUCAUGCCACCUCUGAAAACACCUGCUGCCUUUCAUGAGCAGAUCCGCAGCCUGGAGAGAGCCAGGACUGGGAACUUCUUAAAGCACAAACUGUGCAGUAGACCUGAACGCUCUGAGCUGGUCCGUAUGCACAUCCUACAAGAGACGCAGGCGGAACCCUCCCUGCAGGCCACACAGAUGAAGCUGAAGCGGGCCAGACUGACUGAUGACCUCAAUGAGAAAAUCUCCCAGCGGCCUGGGCCCAUGGAGCUGGUGGAGAAGAACAUCCUGCCUGUGGACUCUGGUGUCAAAGAGGUUGCUAGUGGGGAUGAGGCAGACAACUCUAAGAAACCAGAUGGCUCAGAUGUGUAUAACUUUGACGAGGACAGCAGCGAUGCAUCAUCGCCACAACAUCCCGCCAGCCAGCGAUCUCCGAGCUCCACCUCGGCGUCUCCACGAGAGUCAGGAGCGACGGAGGCCACGUCCUCAAACUCCAGAACUCCCGCACAGCGCUCCCCACCGCCCAGCUCAAGGUCCCCAUCAGAUCUGGUCAACCUCGUCUCCACCAGCGAGCAACAGAGCAACCAAAAGGGAACCGUUCCUCAGCCUAUCACCACUGCUGCCCCGGCUACUACACCAGGGCCAGUCCUCGUGAAACAAAGCUUGGUCAAGCUAACCACCGAUAAAAGCCGCAGCAAAAAGAGCAAAGAGCCCAAGCCACGGGUGAGAAAGCUGAAGUACCACCAGUACAUUCCCCCGGAUCAGAAGCAGGAGCUGAGCGAAGCGCCGAUGGACUCGGCCUACACUCGCCUCUUGCAGCAGCAGCAGCAGUUCCUGCAGCUCCAGAUCAUAAGCCAGCAGCAUCAGCAGUUCAGCUACCAGGCCGUCCUGCCUGCCACACUCAAAGCAACAACUGAGGUACAAACCAGCUGUUCCAGUGUUGUCCUGAGCGGAAACGCUGCGUCUGCCCCUGCGCAGCUCCCCCACAUUCUGACGAACCGCAAGCCGGAUCAUUUACCAGCUAAUCUGGAUGAGAUGAAGGUUGCUGAGCUGAAAAUGGAACUGAAACUCAGAUCUUUGCCAGUCUCUGGGACGAAAACAGAUCUGAUAGAGAGGCUAAGGUUGUACCAGGAGAACUCGAACAUCCAGACUGCUGCUGCUGCUGCCGCCGCUGCCGCUGCCACGGAGACGACGGCCAUCGCUGCGGCCGCGCAGUCCGAAAACGCGAAGCUAACCCCACCCGUGUCGCCCAUAGCUUUGAAGGUGUCCAGUCUAGGCAUAGAGGACAGCAGCACGACUGACAGCCCAGCUAAGGCGCUUUCAGAUAGCCCCCCGCAGAGGACGCCAAACGAGGAGUGUCCCGCGGAGGCGAAGGACUCUGAAAAGGACAAACGUCUGCACGAGAAGGAGCGUCAGAUCGAGGAGCUGAUGAGGAAGCUGGAGCAGGAGCAGAAGCUGGUCGAGGAGCUCAAGAUGCAGCUGGAGGUGGAGAAAAGGAGUCAGCAGGGAGACUCUCCAGCACAGCUCAGUCCUCUGGUUCCAGUCCAAGUCAAAGAGGAGUACAGGACGCAGUCGAACUGCUCGGUGUCCUGCAGCUCCCCUGGUCUGCCAGUGUUGGUCAAACAGGAGGAACCUGCUGACCGGAGCCAUGCGAGCAGCCCAUAUCCAUUCAUCACCGGUCACCAGACCAUCACAGAGCCUGAGAGCAUGCAGCCCGUCCAGGCCGGCGCUCCGGUCCUCCUGCCCGCAUCCCUUCCUGCCUCUGCAAUCACUGUCCAGCUCCCUGCCAAAGUUAUCAAAUUACACACUACUGUUAGCGGCGCAGCCCCGAGCCUCAUCCAGACUCCUGGACAGGUGCCACAGAAAAUAGAGGACUCCGCCGGAUUACAACAGCAGUGCAGCAGUCAAAUUCAGCCCCCGACAAAGGCAUGGGACAUGGACACGACAGCAGCGCCAAGCUUAAUCAACACAUUCCCAGCAAGCGGAUGCGCCGCCGGAGGCCCCUCUAGGCAAGCUGUCCCCGAAGGACCAACAAAAAAGCAGUCUCCCCAUUCCGGCCAGUCCCCUUCCAUCCUGCAGCAGCCGAAGUUCCCGAGCCACGUGUCAAAGUGUAAAGACCCGCCGCGUUACGAGGACGCCGUCAAACAGACGCGCGGCAUGCUGACAGCUGUACAGGGUCCCACUGUGGCGAGCCAGCAGAUGGACGACUUGUUUGAUGUGUUGAUUGAGAGCGGAGAGAUCUCACCUUUCAUCAGACAGGAUCCCCCCAGUCUGGACAAGCCUCUCCCUGUGACAGCCAGCGUAACCACCCUUCCCAUAAACACGGUCCUGUCUCGCCCUCCACCCUUAAUCCAGGUGGCCCAGCUGCCCGCUGCGCCACUCACCCCCUCGGUCGCCUUGGCGGCCCUGACCUCCAACGCCCAGCUGGAAACCCUCCUGGACGGCACGCUGGCCGCUGGCGCGGAGCCGCAAAAACUGAAGCUCAUGACGGAGUUACACUCACCUGAGGUGGCGAUGGAUGUAGACUUUAACGAGAGCGCGCCGCCCUGCGCUCUAAACCUGCACAGCAGCGGCGGCAUAGACGGUAUGGACUGGCUGGACCUCACGCUGUCCGUGCCAACGGAGGGAGUAAACCCUUUGGACAUGUCAAUGCCAGUGGGCGUCUUUUCCUCCGACUUCCUGGACUCUCAUGAACUCCACUUGGACUGGGACUGAGCGCUGUCAAGGUGACCCCCUUCCAUCCGUCAGGCAGUUUUACACAAACACAUUUUUAACCCACGGGAGUAUUGCUUUUGUUUCCAUGAGACAAUGAGAGCUUUGAGUAGCCCUGCUCUGCUUUCUGGACGGAUAAAUCAGCUCUGUAAUAAUCUAGUCAUGCAGUGUCAGUUUAGAAGCUGCUGAAUUACUUCCUUUGAGGUCUUUAAAUCUUCUGAUUGCACGGGGAGACAGAUAAAGCAGGACUGGUACUGGCAGUCGGGGCUAAAAGUGGAAGUAGAGAUUUCUCUCUGAAGUCGUGCCACUGUUCUGUUCUCGGCCUCUUCUCGUAUUAUUGACGUCCGUACGCCCUCCAGCCUCGGUGAAGGUGGAACAAUGCACUUAGCGUAGUGUCGACGCAGACAGGGCAGGGAAAUGUCCAAAUCCUGAUUACUAAUGGACAAAAACUGCAUGUAGCCGAGGGCUGUUAUGCAGUUUACUCCACCCUGUCCUGGAAUGAUUAUCACUAUCAAAACAGAUUGUAAACACACAACCGCUACAUGUCCCUUGUUUUGCUGCACAUAAAUCAGAUGUUUAACGGAAUUGGGAGCGGGAGCUGAAUGUAACAGCAGCAGAGUGGCCCAGAAACUGCCACGGUGCCAAAGUAGCAUUGACUAAACCCAUCUCAGUAUUUAUUAAGAAUGUUCUGCUGCCAUUUAUUCAUCUCUUUAUAAUUUCUGUCAUGUCUUGCCCUGUGCAGAUCAAUUUUUGAACAGAGAAUCCAGUCGCUUACAGUUUAGGGGCGACCGCUCGCAGGAGCAGCAUUCGUUCACUGCUUCAAAUUCAGGCACGACAGACACUUAACGGGCAGAAAGUUCAAACUAGUCCGUUUAUUCAUUUUCACAUGGCGCGGUCUGUGCGGACAGCCUAGCAAGCAACAGGCACACACAACAGUUAUCUCAAUACCCGGUGGUACGAACCGCUGCUCAUUCCAUUUCAUCCCGACUGCAUUACACUUAAACUGUACUUUAAUGACACCUGCUGGCCACGUAUGAUUCGGCAGCCUCUGUUAUGACAGUUUUUUUUUUUUUUCUAGCAAAUUCCAAAAUCAGAAAGACAUUAUAACUGAGAACAUGAUGCACUAUACCGCCGUAGAGUCCGGUUCCUGAAUGAAUUGUUGUGAAAAAGACUUGUGUGAUUUUUUUUUUAUUAUGUUUUUAUUUUUUUUUAUUUUUCAUCUCUUUUGUGCCUCAUUUGACAAACCAAAUGUCCCCCCCCUCCCUCCGUUGGAAGGGGCUAAGUGCUGGAAUGAAAAAUGUUUUUGUCUUUACUAUACUAGUAUAACUCAACACCAAAAAACAUUGUAAUGCAUAGUUUGUAUGCCGUACGUUUCACACAUUCUCUAUUUUGUAAAUACAGAGAUUUUUUUUGUG